AUGGAGAAUUCCAAGGACGGGCAAGUUGCAGACAAGGAUGUGGAAUCUCAGGACCAACCGAUCAACGCCGAUAGCCCCUCCAGCUCGGAGCCGGAAGCCCGGGGUCGUGCUCGGAAGAGAUCCCCGGAGAAGAAAGAGAAGACUGCGGAGGUGAUCAAAUCCCAGGUGCAGGCCGAGGAUUUCUGGAAGAAAAUUUACAAUUCCAUGAAAAAUGUCGAGUCGAAGGAGCAGGCCGAGAGUCUGUUCAGAGGCCUGUCCAGCUCGAAAAGGGUAGAUAACACUCCGGCGAGGGUCGAAGCGCAGGGUGAAUGGGCGAAUUCGCCAGAAGAAGUCAGGAAAGCGUCUGAAUUGCGGGCGAGGGAUAAAGCGCUCGCAGCUGAUGGGUUUGUGGACGUCGUCGUCGACUCCUCCACCCCAGAAAUGUUCCCUUACGUCGCGAAGAAAGUCGACGAGGAGUCGUACGCCCCCGACGAAAAGCUGACGAAGAGACGUAGGAAGAAGAGAUAUCUCUGCUGCAGCGCAGAGCGAUUCUGGUGCACUUUGAUGCUUCUCGUCCCGAUACUGAUCGUCCUCCUGACUUUGUACUUCGUCAUUUUGACUCCAAAGGACCCAACAACGAGCAUGGAGUCCGUCUCGAUCAGUGGGUUCAAGCUGGUGGACGAUGGAGACGGAUCCAUGAGAGUCGAAACAACGAUGAAUUUCACAGUCAGGCUGAGAAACCCGAACAAGUUCGCCGAGGUUGUCUACGACAAAUUGGAGGUUCUACUGACUUACAAAACAACAGCUCUGGGCUCUGUUUCGGUGGUGGCCGCGAACGGGCUCAAGCAGCAAGAGAAGAAUUUGACGCUGAUCGAAGCCCAAUUGAGCGAGACUUCCGUCCCUGUCUCGGAUGCAGCCGACGCGCAAGCUCUUAAGACGGACGUCUCCAAUGGGAAUGUGAGGAUGGAAUUCAGGGGAAUGGCGGAGGGCCAUUUCAAAAUCAUCGGAAUCAAAAUGGGCAGCUUCGAUACUCCAGUGGAUUGUAAAUUGAACAUCAGACCUGAAUCUUCCACUCAGAGCGCAGUUCUUCUCUCCUCUAGCUGCUUCAAUCGACCGACCUAG